UUUGCGCUUGAUGACUGAAUCAAUUGAAGGGGUCUUCCAGUAAAGAGCACGUGACUUCUCACUAUUUCACAGUCUUAUUCUUGUAAUUCAAUACAGAGCCAAAAUAUAUUGUAGGACCACUCACGACUGCGCCUGUUGAAGAGUUGGACUGUGUGCAUGUGGGGACUGGACGCUUGGACAUCACUGACACUGACCGCAAGGAAUACCUACAUUUUUCAACGUCUUUCUGAGAAUAAAACAUUAGUUUAAUAUCAAAUGUGUGAAAUAAUAUUUCGUCGGAUUUUUCUUGGGUUUCCCGUCCUACUCCUCUGGAUGGCAGGCAGGCCUACACAUGCCGCCUGUCCUUUUGAGUUCAACCCUCCCAGAGUGGUGGUGAGAUAUGGAGACUCAGUCGCAGUCAACUGCAGCACAUCAUCCACAGACCACGAGGGGAUGGGCUGGGAGGCCACAUACGGAGGUACAGGUUUAGAAGAUGUCAACUUUGUCAUCUGGACUGUGGAGAAUCUAACAUACUGGACAAUACAACCUAAAUGCUACAUCGCACUAAAAAAUGGAAGUCAGUGUUUGGAAAAUUUCCCUGUCAUUCUAUACAAGAUUCCAGACAGAAUCUCCAUCUCUGUUCUGAGCCACUCUGGUCCCAUGGUGGAGGGGACAGAGUACCAGCUGCAGUGUGACAUACAGAAUGUCGCUCCUCUACGGAACCUGGUUGUGAGGUGGUACAAAGGGAAUGAAACUGUAAAAACUCAAACAUUUAAUACAUCCACGAGGGAACCAGAGGAUGUGUCCUCCACCCUCAACAUCACCCCCAGGAGAUUUGAAGAUGAAGUAGAGUACAGAUGUGAGGCAGAGCUGGUCCUGGGACCAGAGGGACCACAACCUUCUGUCAUGUCAUCACAGAAUCUUCAUUUUCCUGUUUACUUCCCGCCACAGGAUAUUCUGGAGCUGAAGGACACAGAAGUUGAUGUUGGUUCCCGUACUGGGCUGAAGUGCUCCUCCAAUGGGAACCCCCGGCCAGAGUACUCCUGGACUUAUCACCGGGCUCCCAAUGUAAAGUUGAAGAAUGACGGGGUGUCCCUACUGACCAUCGAGCAGGCCACAGGGGAGAACAUCGGGUACUACACAUGCUACGCCAGUAAUACCCUGGGAAAAGUCUCUAAAAGAGCCAGGGUCUCUGUCAGAGGUGCAGAGCCGGUAUGUCCUAUGAAGCUGAGCACUGAGAGUGUGGUGGUGGAAUAUGGAUCUCCAGUCUCAGUGUCAUGCAGCAACACAACUAGUGUUGAAGAGAUCUACUGGACCACAGGUCCCCAAGUUGUCAAUGAUACUACCUGGAGUGUUGUGGAACUCCUAGACUGGGACAUAAGGCCUAGUUGUAAUGCAACCUUUCAGGGGAUUGGAAGAUGCAGUAUACCUCUGCACAUCACACUAUACAAGACUCCAGACAGAGUGUCCAUCUCUGUUCUGAGCCACUCUGGUCCCAUGGUGGAGGGGACAGUGUACCAGCUGCAGUGUGACAUACAGAACAUCGCUCCUCUACAGAACCUGGUUGUGAAGUGGUACAAAGGGAAUGAACCCGUAGAUAAUGUAACUUACAGUAACAUCAUUAAGACACCAGUGAAUGUGUCAGCUACUCUGAUGAUCACCCCCAGUAGAGAUGAUGAUGGAGCUCAGUAUAGAUGUGGAGCAGAACUGGACCUGGGACCAGAGGGACCACAACCCCAUCCUACAGUGACAUCAGAACCUCUCAACAUUACUGUGCACUAUAAGCCAUGCAUCAAUGCAUCUCGACUGCCACUGAGGAUACCUGUGUUCAGGGGCUAUCCUGAGGAGUUAGUGUGUGAGGCUGAGGGUUACCCACAGCCCAGGAUACAGUGGCUCUAUGACCCAGCGAAGCAUGUUAGUGAGGCGGGAGGCAACCUGACUGUCUCUGAGGCAGGGCUCUACAACUGCACCGCCACCAACGAUGUGGAGACUAGCUUCAUUGUGGUAGAGGUGGUUUUAAAAGAGGACUACCUGCCCCUCAUAGCGGGCUUCGUGGCCUUCAUGGUCGUGGUCAUCUCCGUCAUCUUUGUCUUAAUCUACUCCAUCUACUACAAGAACACCAAGAUGGGCCGCUACAGCCUAAAGAACGCCAAGCUCAGCAGCACGCCCAACGGCAACGUAGCGCAGGACGGUGGCCGGGACAUUCCGCUCCCCAUGACUAAACUGUCUCAGCCAAACAUCUACUUCUAGGAGGAUGAGUUGUAUUGGGUUGUCUAUGGGAUGGGCCACUCUGAAUGAAGAGCCCUCUUUCCCCAAUGAGAGACUAAGUGGUUGAGGUGGUUGAGGGACUGGUAGCAACUCAUUCAGCUGGCAGACUCAGGUCUGGAUUGUGAUAGUUAGGAGUGUCUCCUGACUCUCCUCCAACCUCCCUAUGCUUCAUAUGCACUCCCUUUCCUCUUUAGCACUAAGAUUUUAAGUACAAAUCAGUCCCUCUUUUUCCCCUUCUCCUGGAGAACCUGAUGAAGUAUAAUCACCUUUUAUUUUAGUGUGAGCUAUAUGAUCUAUUUACCAUCAAAGUGUAGCUGAUGUUUUCUCUGAAGGACAAGAAGAAGAUGCAGCAAAUGGACAAGGUGAAAUCCCUCUUUGGAAAACAGCUUUAUUGAAAUGUAUUUUUUAUAUGACUGGUUUUGGAAAAACUGGUUUGUGUUGCAUAAGCACCAACAAGUGAAUUCUGAUAUCAUUUUGAAUGUCUUUUUUUAGUUUGGUCUGAUGACAAUGUAAUUGCUAUCACAUUAUGUUAUUGCUUGAAGAGCAGCACAUGGUUGAAAUUGUGAGAAUGUCCCUUUUGCUUGGAUGUGAUGUCUUGCUCGUGACAAGAAGCUUGGAGUGUAAACCUACAGUACAGUGGAGGCUGCUGAAGGGAGGACGGCUCAUAAUAAUGGCUGUAACGGAGCGAAUGGAAUGGCAUCAAACACGU